UUUUCAAUGUUGGGAAACAUACAAGGAAAUCCUUGCAACGGUGCGUGUUAUUGGACUCUGGAUGCAGUAGUUACAAUGGAUGAAUUUAUGUCGGUUUCGCCCAUACCAGGAUCCACAGCAUUUGACCAAUUGUUGCAUAGCCCUAUGGGUAACCCAGGACCACCUGAGUUCACCGAAGGAUCCAGCAGCUAUCUGACUUCUAUUUUAAAUGACGAACUAACUCCAACUAUGAUUCAAGAUGAAAAAUAUAAUCCCAACACGGACUCAAUGGUUCCCACAAUGUCGUAUGUGAAUCAAGAUCAUAGCAUGAUGUAUCCGAUGCCACAGAUGGAUAACAUGGCCUACAGCAAUGAAACGACCAGUUGCGACCAAUGUGGUGCAAUUGUCAACAACAAUCAAGAUGCUAUCAUGACGCAUCUCCAACAAUGCUGUGUGGAGGAACAAGUUGAACAACUUUCUGUGUCCAAUUCCAAAAAGGUGGAAAAAAAAUUUCUUGAACCUAUUCAACCAGCAACAAUAGUACAUUCUUCUUACAAUGGUGACGACCAGGUGCUACAAGUCAAAUGGGACAAGUAUUCAAGAACACUUCAAGUGAAAAUGGCUCCAGAUUAUAAUUUCUCAACUAAAAGUUACACAUUCGAAGUGCCUGGUCUGGAUCCCGGUAUGAAACUAGAAGCGAUUGACAAAAACAACCCACAAUCCUUCUGUGUUGCCACUGUUGUUGAAGUCCUGGGUCAUCGAGUGCGAAUUCGUUAUGAUGGUUACGGGCGCGACUCCUCCAACGAUUUUUGGUGUAAUUUUCAAGCGGAAGAGCUGUAUCCUAUUGGAUGGUGUGCGCAAAAUGCCUUUCCUUUACAACCGCCCGUUGGUAUUAAUUGUACCUUGGAGGAAUGGAGAAAUUUUUUGACGCAAACACUAACUGGAGCGUUGGCCGCUCCGAAGCACUUAUUUCCAUCGGAGCAUUAUCAACCAAAAGUUCAUGCAUUUGAAAACGGCAUGAAGCUCGAAGUCAUUCAUCCUUCGAAACCGUACAUUUUCUGUGCGGCGACUGUUGUCAAAAGCCUUGGUCCUUACUACUUUCUUGUGGCGACAGACAAACUGGAUGGUUUACCCAGUGUCACGAUGUGUUGCCAUAGUGAUUCCAGUAACAUUUUCCCGGUUGGCUGGAGCUACAAAAACGGCAUUGAAUUCACGGUACCCUCUGGAUAUACAAGAAAAUCAUUUUCGUGGGAAAAAUAUAUAACAGCUCAACGGGCCAGCUGUGCACCUCAACAUCUGUUCAAGAAAUCAAAGUCUCACAAAUUCAGAGCAGGACAAAAACUGGAAGCCGUCGACUUGGAACAUCCGCAUCUCAUUCGUGUAGCGACAAUCACAAACGUGAUGGGUCGUGUUCUCCAACUGUUUUUUGACGGGAGUCAGACACGAUUCCAGUUUGUCCUGUGCGACAGUCCAGAUAUUCACGGCUUUGGUUGGUGCAAGAGGACAGGUCAUCCACUGCACACGCCAUACGGAAAAAUGCCUUUCAAGACGGUUGUUAAAUACGAAGGGUUGGAAUCUUGUCCGAAACGGUUGAAGUUGAUUUCGUUUACAGAUGUGAUCGGACGGAAGCAACCUUCGGCUAAUCUUGCAACACAUCCCAACAUUGAAACACAGACUGAGGCUGCAACAUCUCAUAACAACCCUCCUGCAACAAACAUCGUUUCGAAUCUCGUAACACACGGCCACCUCUCAAACAACGCCCGCGGUACAACACGGGAAGCCUCAGUUCACCCGUCGACACCCCAUACGACCCCGACGCAUCACCUGGCAACACAUCAUACCCACGGAAAACACAACCAAACAGCACCCAAUAGCCUUGUAACCCAUCCCAACCUUUCAACACACGUCUCUGCAACUCCCCAUCAUACAGCAGCUCACAGCAUUGCAUCGCCUUCCAAUGAAACGCAUUGCAUUCCUGAAACUGCUCCAAGUAUGUUGGCCGCUUCGUCGUCCAUGCCUGACCAGCCAUACCCGCAAACACCUUCACCAGGGCCUGAUUACUCAGUUCAAGAUAUGUCUGUAACAAGUCCAGUUGAGGAAGUGGAUGAUAACAGUGAGGACAAGGAGAAAUGUCCCACGUUAUCCCCCUCAGAUGAUGACGAAGAUUUGAGUGACGAAGAUGGAAGUGGUACUGGCCCGGAGCGGUUUUACCACAACAAGAAUCAGAUCUACUUCAACAAGACAUGCUGUUGCGGACCUCUGCUGAAUCCUGAAGAAGUCAAACUUCUUCCUGAUGCAACGGAUCCUGGGAAAGUGAGCAGCGUCAUCAGGAUUGGCUUGGAGAUGGUCGCGAAAUGUGCGAAGGAUCCAGAGAGAGUCUUAGAAAUGAUGCAAGAGGGUAGCGGAGUACGCCUCACCAUCAAACACAACGGGAAAACGUUCAAAAAGGCAAUUUCAAGGGUUGACUCCCGUCCGAAGUUGGAACGAUAUUUGAAGCGUUUCUGUCGUCGCCUGGUUUGCUGCGAGUAUUUCUUGAGUCUUACACCAGUUGCAAGUCCGUGUCCUGAUGAAUGCAAAGCUGACCAGUAUGGCAACCUUCAGGGUCCUAAAGGAAUGAAAGCAAAGCGAGCUCGAGAAUAUUUUGAGACAAAACACCUGGGCUAUGAGAAAAAAAAGCGCGGGCGCAGGUCCAAGGCAGUAGCUAAUGAGGCAGCAGCUCAGAGAGCAGCCGCUGGCAUCGUGACAUCGGUGUUUCAUAAAGGCAAUCACGUGCCAUUACCUAAUCUCAGUUUACCUGUCACUGCAAUUGCUGAUCAUUUGAGAAACACGGCGACAAAGAUCUUGCAUCAAGUCCAAGCGAAUCAGGGGAUAUUACAUGAUCGCUCUAUGUUUCACUCCAAAGCUGCUACGUCAUCUGUGUCAAUGGUCACUCAAACCACACCUCCCCCCUCCUCCCACCACCCCACCCCAUACCCAUCAGUCCCCCCACAACACACAACCCACCACCCUUCUACGCCUCAUUCAUCAACACCUAACACAUCAAAUAAUCUCGCCCAUCACUCGACACCCCCACUUCCUACAGCGGGCUCCCUCCCCACAUCAGUGUCAUCUUCUCAGAGUCCCACCUAUGGAAAACCCCGCCUACUCCCAUCGCCUUACGGCCCCCCUCCACUACCUAUCACAACCGUGGCCACAGAAAACGAUGGCGCAACUACAGGCAACGGAAGAGGCUCUUAUCGUGGAAUACGAUCACUGAGUGUGCCUUCCAAGAAGUCCGCACGACCAAUUAUCCCAGCAGGGCCAAUACCAGAGCGUAACCAGCCUAAGGUUGGAAUCUACGUACCACCUGCAAAUAAACUUCCUUUACCAGCAAGUUCGACGGCCAUACCAGCUACCACCAUGUCAGUACCAUCCGAGACGGGGUCACCAUCCUUCCAUCUUGCUCAGUCGAAAUUCAUCACUCAUACCACUAGUAGUGAGAAAGUUGCCAGUUCAUUUUCAAGUCGAAUGGUCGGUUUACCUCAGACGCAAUGCUCUGGUGAUAUGUGCGCUCCUUCAAAUCAUCUGAAUAACUCGAACCAAACCACAACAUUAGUGACAGCUAAUCAACAUCCUAUACCUGCCUCGAUACCGCUUACCCGCGCUGGUCCUCCACCUUUAAUUCCAGCCCGCGCCAUAUCAGGCACUCCCAGUCAAAAAGGUGUACAGAUGAUCAGGCUGAGACCUGUGGAAGGCAAAUCCGCUGCUCCAAAUGUUUGCGUUACAGAACGAGGAACCUUCGUUGCAACGCAGGCCAAUAAGACCAGCAUUCCAUCCUCAGGCGCAUGCGUGAUGAACCACGUGGUGGGGCAAAGUGCUGACGCUAAUGCAAUGAUGAAUAGAAUGUUUAGUGUCGUCAGAAGUAACGACAAUGGUGCAUCUAAACAGAUGGCUUCUAGAAGUGGUUUUGCAAACGCUAGCCAUUCACAGACAACGCAAGUUGCUCGCGUUUAUCCGUCCGUGAAAAACGAGAGCGAUUAUCAGAGCACGAAUUGCUCACAUCAACACGCGGUCGCGCUAAGUCAGAACACGAGUAUGCCCAACCAGAUCACGAUGAUGCCUCACCAGAACGCGGGGACACGACAUCAGAACACGAAUAUUCAAUCCAACGAUAUGUCAAAUCAGAGCACGUAUGCCUCUUAUCAAAGCGCGAAGAAAUUUGAUAGGGACACGAAAAGAAGGGACAUCGGCACGGAAAAGUACGACAGGAACGCGAAUAUGGGCUCACAGAACACGAUACAGAAGUUUAGUAUCAACGUCGGGGGAGGAAUGGGUGCGGUAACAACCGCUGUCCGCUCUGGAAUGCUGGCUCGCGAAAAAUACCAACCACGCGAUGCAUCACGGGAUACUAAACAUCUGAUCACACAAAUGGGAGGCUACAAUGUCAAAAUUAAUAAAAACAAUCUGGAAACAAAACACAGUGAUACCACACCGAAAAUUUCCGAUGGAACGCCGGCUCAAUCCGAUAUAAGUCUGAACAUUACCGACGUUACUCCGACAGCUUGCGAGAUUUCGCCGACGGGCUCCGAAGAGAUUCCGAUGCUCUCCGAUAUUCCGAGGAACGGCGACGAUGUUGAGAACGAGGGGAUCGCGGACAUCGACGAUGUUCCGAUCAACAAACGUGGCUCAACGUGGAUGUAUCGGCGACGGAAGAAAAAGAAGGUCCGCUUCACGUACGUGAAAGGGAAGAAAAACAAGAAGAAGGAAUUGGAGAGUGAGAUGAAUCAAUACGAGUUUGAUGAGAACGGAGGAUUCCUUCAGGAGUUUGAUGAUGAAGAUGGUGAACAAUUUAUUAGAAAAGGAAAAAAAAGAGAACAUGAUGAUGACGAUGAUAAGAACGACCCACCCUAUGCGCCUCCACGAGCAAAGGAAAUCAGCCCAAAACGUUUACGACGAUCAUCGGAUCUCGCCAGUGAUCACGUCACCGCAACACCAGGGAUGGCGUCAUCUUGUGUGACGUCACCGAAAGCUGAACUAAUGAAAGGAGUCCUUCAUGCUGUACAGAGUAGUCAGCAUCCGUCAGUGAAGUUGCGUUCACCAAAUGAGAAACAAUUACAUUCCUUCAAUGGUUUUUCGAGUCCUCCAAAGAAAUCACGUGUUCACGCAACGGACAGUGCUGCAUCUCGAAAAGGAGGCGCGUCAUUUAGUUCCAAGACUUGUGCCAAGUCACACGGAAAGUUGUGUGCAAACGCUGCCACUAAUACGUCAUUCCCUGGUUGCUCUAGCGACAAGUGUUUAUAUCAUCCUGAUAAUCCACGAAAAUGGAAUGUCGAUCAGGUUGGGGAAUAUAUAAUGUCAACGGACUGUAAAAACUAUGCAACAUAUUUUAUGGAUCAGGAAAUUGAUGGUGAAUCGUUGCUGUUGUUAACACGAAGUACUCUCAUGCAAUUCACGAACAUGAAACUCGGUCCGACCUUAAAACUGAGCAAUUACAUUGCGCAACUCCGUGCUCGCGUUGGAAUGUCAAAACGCACGUGACCUUCUCAUUAUUGAAUCGCUUAACCAGGUUUUUGCGCUCUAAAAACUGGUUUUAAAAUGCCUUACGGCACGAACAAAGUGCUCUUAGAAGUCUUAUAUAUGUAUUUGAAAAAGCAUUUGUCAAGUAGCCAGCUGAAGGCACUCAAUACUCAUUAUAUAAGUUGAUUACUGGCGUUAAUGAUUGUCUGUGGUACAAAAGCUCUUUGUCAGACAUGAUGAGAAAAACCUUCUUUUUAUGUCUCAAAUAGUAUCUGUCAUCUCCCGAGCCAUUCUUAAAACUACCAUUAGUAUGCUUUUAUUUUGGCUGUCUUUGUCAAGAAUAUUUCAACCCAAAAUCGUUCUAACUACAAGCUAUCGCUGAAUUGAGUGGUGAACAAUUACAACCGUUUUCACACAAGUUGUCCAUUGCUAGGCGCAUGCUUUGAGU